GAAGAAGAGGAGGAUGAAGCUGGGAGCGGAGGAUGGGAGGAAGAGUGGAGUAAGAGACAGGCUAGCUGUGUGUGAAUGAGUGAGUGAGAGAGGAAGAGAAGAGGAAGGUCGUCUGAGGGACCGAAAACAAAGACUUGAGUUUUAGAGGGAUAACCUCUGGAACAUUACUAACGGAAACUUUCAACUUUUUACCCGCCACAGCUCGGCUCGUAGUGCCCGGAGCCGGCUUUGUUUCACGGCGGGGGUGUCUACGAUAAAUGAAGGAAUAAAAUAGAUCCCCAUCGAUCUUUUCUACCCAAGCGGGGAAUACCCUGGGACUGAUUUUACGAAAGGUUACGAGAGAAUGGCGGCCAACAUGUAUCGAGUGGGAGAUUAUGUGUACUUUGAGAACUCCUCCAGCAACCCUUACCUGAUCCGCAGAAUAGAAGAGCUCAACAAGACAGCCAAUGGGAAUGUGGAGGCAAAGGUGGUGUGUCUCUUCAGGAGGCGAGACAUCUCAGGCAACCUCAACACCCUGGCUGACAGCAAUGCAAGAGAAUUUGAGGAGGAGUCAAAGCAGCCAACGCUGUCUGAACAACAGAAACACCAGCUCAAACACAGAGAACUCUUCCUGUCUCGACAGUUUGAAUCUCUACCUGCUACUCACAUAAGGGGGAAAUGUAAUGUCACCCUUCUCAAUGAAACAGAUGUCUUGGCCGGCUACCUGGAUAAAGAGGACUGUUUUUUCUACUCGUUGGUGUUCGACCCUGUCCAGAAGACCCUGCUGGCGGACCAGGGUGAGAUCCGUGUGGGCUCUAAGUAUCAGGCAGAGAUCCCUGACAAGCUUGCUGAGGGUGAAUCAGACAACCGUGUCCAGGAGAAGUUGGAGACCAAGGUGUGGGACCCCAACAACCAGCUCAAAGACCCUCAGAUUGACCAGUUCCUGGUGGUGGCAAGAGCUGUUGGGACAUUUGCUCGGGCCCUUGACUGCAGCAGUUCCAUUCGCCAGCCCAGCCUCCAUAUGAGUGCAGCUGCAGCCUCUAGAGACAUCACGCUGUUCCAUGCUAUGGACACAUUGCAGAAGAACAACUAUGACCUGGCAAAAGCCAUGUCCACCCUGGUUCCUCAGGGGGGCCCGGUGCUCUGCCGCGAUGAGAUGGAGGAGUGGAGCGCUUCAGAGGCCAUGCUGUUUGAGGAGGCUCUGGAGAAAUAUGGCAAAGACUUCAACGACAUCCGUCAGGACUUUCUGCCAUGGAAAUCUCUAGCCAGUGUGGUCCAAUUCUACUACAUGUGGAAGACUACUGACCGCUACAUCCAACAGAAACGACUAAAGGCAGCAGAGGCAGACAGCAAGCUGAAGCAGGUGUACAUCCCCACCUACACCAAACCCAACCCCAACCAGAUCAUGGUUCCAGGCAGUAAGCCUGGUAUGAACGGGUCAGCAGGCUUUCAGAAAGGACUCAGCUGUGAGAGCUGCCACACUUCCCAGUCUCCUCAGUGGUAUGCCUGGGGGCCUUCCAACAUGCAGUGCAGACUGUGCGCCUCCUGCUGGAACUACUGGAAGAAAUAUGGAGGCCUGAAAACCCCCACACAGUUAGAGGGGGCUGCUAGAGCUGGCUCUGAGUCAGGCCCCCGCAGUCACAUGACACGCCAGGAGGUCCAGGGCAUGUCGCCGUUCACUCGCAACGAGGGUCGAGCCAAACUGCUGGCCAAGAACCGACAGACGUUCAUCCUGCAGACCACCAAGCUGACCCGCAUCGCUCGACGGGUGUGUGAGGACAUCCUGCAGCCUCGCCGUGCUGCACGACGGCCUUACGCCUCCAUCAACGCCAACGCGGUCAAGGCUGAGUGUAUGAUCCGCCUGCCCAAAGCCACAAAAACUCCUCUGAAGAGCAAGUUGGUGCCUCGACAGUCACUGGCCACUAUAGUGAAGGAUUUAGCCAUCUCAGCUCCUUUGAAACUGAAGGCAUCUAGAGGACCCCCGACACCCAUCAACAGGAAUCAGGCCAGCCAGCCUCGUGUGGGCCAAAGCCUGCUGGGAAAGAGAGGCUUCGACAGCGCUACAGGGGUGCCCUACCCAGCCAACGGGAGGCCAUAUACUUCAGGUAUAAGGACCACCUCUCAGUCAGUCAUCAAGCGGCAGAAGGUCAGCCAGGGGGAGGCCCCCAACCCUGUGGUGUUUGUGGCUACAAAGGACACCAGGGCUCUGAGGAAACAUCUGACCCAGUCAGAGAUGCGUCGGGCAGCUAGGAAGCCGCAUCUCCUGGUCCGGAUCAAGCUCCCACUGCCCCCCCGCUCCCUGGCCAUGCCCCUGCUCCCCUCCAGCACCAGCGAGCCCAUAGUCCUGGAGGACUGAGAAGGAAGGACACCAGGGUCUUUGAUCAGGACAAGGGGGUCGGGUGGGAGGUGGGGAGGGUCUGUGCUCAGGCCGUCACUUAACAGGCAGAGCAGUAUGCCAUACCAGUAGUCUUUUAUUUUCCUUCUUUUCAGUGUCAUUUUUCUUUAGUCCUCUGUUACUUCCCUAAAGUUGUGUCCAACACACACACACACACACACACACACACACACACACACACACACUCAGAUGACUGUACAUUUCCAUCAUAUUGAAUGCACACAUUAACACACAACAUCUUGGGCUUUGUGGUAUUUUAUUGCAGAUCCUGAAUUAUUUUGCGACCCUUUUCAAUGCCAUCUGUUUUUAAAUGUGUAAUUUAAAUCAAGCUAUUUCUCAUCCUGAAACAAUGGUGAUAAAGCACACUUUGUUUUUCCUCCACGUCUCUAUCUUUGUGUAAAUAUAUGCAUCAUGUAAGGGGCAACACCGACAGUGUGUGAGCAGAAUGGGGGGUGGGGAAGUGGAAACUGGAGACAGUGUGGGACAGCUGUAGCAGGCUGAAGGUCGAAUUUGAUUUGAAGAUUUCACUCAUACACUCCUUUAGUCCAUUCCAGCAGGGAAAAUCUAUCUGGCUGUGAAUUGUAGCUGACUGUGCACAUGUUCAUUGGUCAAGUUGAGGAGACGUGUUGACAGAGCUGCCCUUCGUCAGUGUGAACACAGUGUUUGACCCAUCUACUGCCAGUUAACGUUUCUCUCUGUGUCUGCAACUUGUCAACUUUUCCCAUCAUCAGCCAGGAGCCAAACACAAGCCCUCUGCAGGGGUUAAUAUAUCCUGACAGGUCAAAUCCUUCCCGAGAGGUUCUUUCCUUCUGUCCCUCAGUGAAUGAGCACAAAACAACUUGAACAGUGUGAAAGUCAUGGUUGGCAGUGCAGAGACAGAUGUGCAAAUAGAGAACAAGACAGUGAGGUUAGGAUGUAGAGAGGAAUCAUGUUUUGAGUCAGCCAGGAAUUGUGACUUUAUCCAAUGAAGCAAUUGGCCUUUUGCUCGCCAUUGUCCAAGCUGCUUGUGUCUUAGUUGAUUUAAAAAUCCCCAUCAAUUCUCCAAGGUCUGAAGGAACAUCCUCAAAUUGUUGUUUUGACCAACCAUUAGUCCAGACCCCAUAUACUGAAUUUACUAUGCCUUUGAAAUCUUUACUGACCCCUGUCUGUUCACAGAGCCUGAACUGAAUCCUGACUCGCAGCUUAGUAAUCCUGACAUAACUGCUUAAGUUUGUUUUGUGCUCCGUACCUCCACCUUGACAUCGCUGUUGUCAUUUUUUAAGUAACUGAACAAGGGUUGUUGUUGGAGUUGAGGCACAUUGUGUCUUUUAUCUCCUGUCACUUGAUUGCAAUGCUUUUAUAGCCACUUUUAGCCGGGUUGAAGAGAGAAGAACCCUAGCUCCUGUUCUCUUGACCUCACCCCAAGACAAUUAAACAGGCAGUCUAGAAUCAAAGGAUCACCGCUCAAUCAUCACUGGAGUCCGUAGGUUUACUGUGUAGGUGGGUUCAUAUGUAGUCUUUGAGGAAAUUCAAAUUAUUGUGGUUACCAAGAAGUUGCAGGAAUUACUGUGCGACUUGCCAUGAUGAGAGAACAGUUUAGGCUUUGAGGCACUGUGUUUGACUCUGCAAAACUCUGUAACGAAGCCAUAAUGUGCAAAAAAAACAAAAAAGAAAGAAAGAAAAAAAGGUUGACAUCCUAUGAGAGUGGACUCUUAACCAUGAAGUAAUGUUUAGACUAAAGCCACAGCAUUUCUGACAAAGUACUGUUUAGUUGGUUGGAAUGAAACUGAUGCCAUUAUGUUACUGGUCAGUUGAAAAAAGUCUGUUGAUAAAGCAGCAAUAUGUAAAUGUACAUUAGACAAUUAAGGCCAAAAUGAAGUUCUAAAGUGAAUAUUGCAAAUUACAAACUGAGACCAAAAUCAUACUUUGUCUCCAAGUAUUGAUUCAUUCAGAACUUUUUUUUUUCAUAUGGCCUUAAUCCUCUUCUGUGAAUGGCUGAUAAUGCAGAAGUGAUGUUUUUGAUUGUGAUUGGGCAUGAAGAUGAUGUGAAAGGAAUCUUCAGCUGUCUCAACUUCUGCUUUAUUUUACUUCCCCCUGUUUGUAUCACUAUGAAAGGGUGAGUACUAAAAGUAAGUUGUUAAUUGGAUAAUUAUAAUGCCUGUGAAUCCCCACAGCAGCAAGGGGUUACACUGGUUUUAUAAGCAAGUUUGGUCCCCAUGUGGGCUUUGUAAUAUUUCUCCCAAAAAAAAGAAAGAAAUUGAAGUGUUGAGUUUGUAGCAAAUACUAAUCUGUGUAAAGAAAAGUGGAAAACUGGCAUAUUUUAAACUUUUUUACAUCUAAAGUGUGUAAUUCUGCUCCAGUAUUGUGGAGAUGGCUCUAAUAGGCUACUGUACAUGUGAAACAUUGCUCUCCUUCAUUGAA